AUGGCAUCCAGGCAGAGAGCAGACAGUAGGAGACUCUCAAGCCGAUUCAGAGCAGACUGGAGGUCCCUUUCUCUACUCUUCGCCCUUCUGACUUCGGUGAACUCAGUAGAUGUUAAUCAGCUGGUGAAUCAAGACUUCCCAGGCACUGUCAUUUGCCAUGAAAAUAGAAUGACAGUGGAGUUUCCAAGCAUUCUUGCCAACAAGACAUGGCACACAUCUGUCGUGGAUCCCCUUGGUCUUGAAAUGCUGAACUGUACUUAUGUUCUGGACCCAGAAAAGCUUACCCUGGAGGCCCCAUAUGAAACGUGUACCAAAAGAGUGCUUGGCCAGCACCAGAUGACCAUCAAACUCACGGACAACACUGCUGUUUUAAGACAAGAUGGUCUCACGUAUCAGGUCAGCUGUCCAGUGAUGCAAGCAAACAGCCAUGAGCAGCAUUCAGGAUCCACUGUCUGCACGAAGGAUUUCAUGUCUUUUACCUUUCACUUUUUUCCUGGCAUGGCUGAUGAAAAUGCAGAAUCCAAACCUCGGAUGGGAUGGACCAUUACAGUUGGUGAUGGUGAAAGAGCCCAAACUCUGACCUUUCAAGAGGCCAUGAUGCAAGGAUAUAAUCUCCUGAUUGGUAACCAGAAGAUGAACGUCCAAGUGUCAUUCCAUGCCACUGGAGUGACUCACUACUCGCAAGGUAACAGUCAUCUCUACAUGGUACCCCUGAAGCUCACGCAUGUAUCUCCUGGGCAGACGAUCAUCUUAUCAUCAAGAAUCAUUUGUAUGUCAGAUCCUGUAACCUGUAACGCCACACACAUGACUCUCACCAUACCAGAGUUUCCUGGGAAGUUAAAAUCUGUGAGCUUUGAAAAUAGGACUAUUGAUGUGAGCCAGCUGCACCACAAUGGGAUUGAUGCAGAAACAACAAAUGGCUUGCGGUUGCAUUUCAGCAAAACUCUUCUCAAAACAAAAUUCCCUGAAAAGUGCCUACCCUAUCAGUUCUACUUACCUUCACUCAAGCUGACCUUUCACAUUCAACUGGAGACUGUAUCCAUGGUGAUUUACCCUGAGUGUCCCUGUGAACCAACAGUUUCUAUAGUUUCAGGUGAGCUGUGUACUCAGGAUGGGUUUAUGGACGUGGAGGUCUACAGCCACCAGACAAAACCAGCUCUCAACUUGGAUACCCUCAGGGUAGGAGACUCCUCCUGCCAGCCAACCUUCAAAGCUCCAUCUCAGGGGCUGGUACGCUUUCGCAUACCCCUGAAUGGAUGUGGAACAAGACGUAAGUUCAAGAAUGACAAAGUCGUCUAUAAAAAUGAGAUACAUGCUCUCUGGGUGGAUCUUCCUCCAAGCACAAUUUCCAGAGACAGUGAAUUCAGAAUGACAGUGAGAUGCCAUUACAGCAGCAGUAACGUGCUAAUAAGUAGCAGUGUUGAAAGUCUUCCUCCUCCAGUGGCCUCAGUGAAGCCAGGUCCACUUGCCUUGACCCUGCAGACCUACCCAGAUAACUCCUACCUGCAGCCCUAUGGGGACAAGGAGUACCCUCUGGUGAGAUACCUCCGCCAACCGAUUUACCUAGAAGUGAGAGUCUUAAACAGGACGGACCCCAACAUCAAGCUGGUCUUAGAUGACUGCUGGGCAACGCCCACCGUGGAUCCAGCCUCUCUCCCCCAGUGGAAUAUUGUAGUGGAUGGCUGUGAAUACAACCUGGACAACCACAGGACCACCUUCCAUCCAGUUGGCUCCUCCGUGGCCUAUCCUAGUCACUAUCAGAGGUUUGACGUGAAGACCUUUGCCUUUGUGUCAGGGGCCCAGGAGUUCCCUCACUUGGUCUACUUCCAUUGCAGUGCCUUAAUCUGCAAUCGACUCUCUCCCGAACCCCCUCUGUGUUCUGUGAAUUGCCUUGUGUCGUCUAGAAGCAAACGAGCCACAGGGGCCACUGAGGAAGAGAAAAUGAUAGUCAGUCUCCCGGGCCCCAUCCUCCUGUUAGACGGCUCUUCACUCAGAGGCGCUGUGGAGUCCAAAGGGCAUGGGACUGCUGGUUUUGUUGCCUUUAAAACUGUGGUGGCUGGGGUUGCCUUAGCAGGCGUUGUGGGAACUCUCGGCUUCAUCGGUUACCUGCGCAAGAAAAGAACUAUAAUGUUAAAUCACUAA